UCCUUUAUAAUCCUCAGUUCCUCAUAAUCAACAACCAAACGAAUUGUUGUACACCAAGAUGAGUUCAUCUCUCUGGCUUCUUCUUCAUCUCCUUCUCAUCAUAUUCUCUGCAACAGCAGAAGAUAUCGGUGACAGUACCAGCAUAGUCUUUACCACUCUGGGGAGAGCGACCUACGCCUUUGAUAUCUUCAGCCUCCCAACAUCUUACCCACCAGAGCAUAUCGAUGAGAUUUUACACACUGAUGGUCAAUCCGUGAACUUUAAUGGCUACUUUCCCUUUCCCUCUUCUUCAAUCCUAUCUCUGCUCCUCCCUAAUCAGACUCUCACACUAGACCCAAAUCUUUCACCUCCUGUGCAACUUCUCCUUUAUGUCACAGAGAGACUUGGCUCCUCCAACAUCUAUCUUGACGGCUAUUACAACGAUGACUCCAUCGACUUCAACCCAACAACAAGAAGAUCAGCUCUUGAAAGCCCAUCUCGAAUUCAGGUUGCUCUGUUAUACCCAAAACAAAUUGAUGGCAAGAUCUCGAUGAAGGAUCGACCUUCUGUUGCAGGGGAGCAUCUUAUCUAUGUAUCUACCCAUGAAAAUCCUGGAGUUCCCCGAAAAAGCUGGGCUGCUGUGUACUCGAGCAAUAUAAUAACAGGUGAGACUCGUAGGUUAACCCCUUACGGAAUCGCCGAUUUCAGCCCUUCUGUGUCUCCUUCUAGGGUUUGGACCGCUGUGGCUUCACAUGGUGAGAAGGGUUGGGACGGGGAGGUAGAAGAACUCAACACGGAUAUUUAUAUUUUCAGGACUCGAGAUGGAUCUGAGAGGAUUAAAUUGGUCGAUCAUGGAGGUUGGCCUUGUUGGGCGGAUGAUUUCACUCUGUAUUUCCAUCGCAGAAGCGAAGAUGGAUGGUGGAGCGUUUACAGAGCGAGUCUGCCUCGGAUGAGAAGGAUACGAGCCGAGUCAGUGGCGAUUGAGCGAGUCACCCUACCGGGUCUCCACGCGUUCACUCCAGCUUCUUCACCGAGUAACAAGAGCUUCAUCGCCGUGGCAACGAGGAGACCCACUUCUAAUUUCCGUCAUAUCGAGCUCUUCGACCUUGAACGCAACGAGUUCAGGGAGUUGUCUCAGCGAGUCUCACCCAAUACUCACCAUUACAACCCGUUUUUCUCCCCCGAUUCGACUCGCGUUGGGUAUCACAGAUGCAGAGGAAGCAGAAAUGAAGGAACAAGUGGUCAUCUUCUGCUUGAGAAUCUCGAGAGCCCAUUAAAGGGUGUCUCUCUGUUCAGGAUUGAUGGGUCUUUCCCUUCCUUCUCACCCGAUGGAAAACGAAUUGCUUACGUGGAUUUCCCCGGCGUUUACGUUGUGAAUCGUGACGGUUCCAGAAAGAGGCAAGUCUUUCCCAGCACCGCCUUCUCUACUGCUUGGGACUGGAAGCGAAGAGGGGUUGUCUACACCAGCGUCGGGCCCACAUUUGCUAAAGAAAGCACAGGCGUUGAUAUAGUAUCUAUCGCUGUUGAUGAAGACGAAGAUGACGAAACGGGUUAUGCCCCUUACAAGAAACUGACGAUUGAUGGCAAAAACAAUGCAUUCCCGUCAGCGUCGCCGGAUGGAAAGUGGGUCGCAUUCCGGUCGGGCCGGUCAGGCCACAAGAACCUAUAUUUGAUGGAUGCUUUAGAAGGAGAGAAAGGUGGGCUCCGCAGGCUUACAGAGGGGCCAUGGACGGAUACGAUGUGCAAUUGGUCUCCAGAUGGCGAGUGGAUCGCUUUUGCUUCGGACCGGGAUAACCCGGGUGGAGGGAGUUUUGCUAUUUACUUCAUACACCCUAAUGGAACCGGGCUUAAGAAGGUGGUUCACAGCAGUGAGGCCGGUAGAACCAAUCAUCCCUGGUUCAGCCCGGAUGGGAAGAGCAUUGUGUUUACAUCUGACUAUGCGGCUGUGUCAGGAGAGCCAAUUGCAAAUCCUCAUCACUAUCAGCCCUAUGGUGAUAUUUACACGGCUAAGGUGGACGGGUCGGAUGUCCAGAGGCUGACCCAUAACUCGUAUGAGGAUGGUACACCUGCAUGGGGGCCCACGUUCAUCCGGCCUGUCGAUGUGGUUGACUCACCGUAUAGUAAGGGUGGAUGCUCUUUUGAUGAUUGUCAUUGGCUGGGACAGGCUAAUAGUAAUGAGGUUGGGACCUUGGGAUCAUCAAAUCCCGGGUCUCCUCAACGAAGGGGUCCAAGCCCGAAUGUGGUUAAGUGUUGAAAAUCUGAGCUGAGGUUUGUACGUAUGUGAUCGAAUGA